GACUUGUGUCAUGUACUCUCAACUCUGUACAGUAUAGUUAGUCCAGUCCGUGAAAUAGCGCAACGUCGCAAACGGCGUCUCUGUGUGCUACACUCUGCUUGCUGGUCUGCCCCAAGAUGUCCGCGAGGCCGAGAUAGGGCCACUGCAGGACCGAGUAUAGCUUUGUAGAAAAGUGUUUUUUCACGACGAGUGCAAGCACUUUGCGAAGCGUCGCCGGAGACAGAUACUAUAGUGAUGAAGCUCUAGACAUGAGACUCUAGCAGUUUCAGCAUGUCGAGUGAUAGUGAUAAACCCACCAAGCCUACCAGGACACGGAGGCCAGUCCUCUCCGACAGUGAAAGCAGCGAUGAUUCAUUCAUUAAACACACAAACCGUGGCAAGAAGAGAGUUGCUAGGGUAGUCAGUGAUGGAAAUACUAGCGACGAAGACAGUGAUAUUCCUCUACACUCUGUGAAGAAGAGGAAAAACCAUAAGAUAAUUAGCGAAGAUGAGUCAAGCUAUGACAGCAGUUCGUUUAAUGGAGGUGCCAGGAAUAACUUUGAAGGAGGUAGCACAAGUUCAGAGUGGCAGUCAGAUUGGGAGAGCUCAGAGGAAGAGUCUGAAUCAGAGGCUUCCAACAAAACCCCAAAGAACAAACAGAAAGAUUCCCCGAAAAAGGCGUCAUGCCACGAACACAGCAGCAGUGACGGCGAAUCGGAUAAGUGCCCGAUUUGCCUGCUGUCCUUCCGAGGACAAGAGGUGGCAAAUCCUGCCACCUGCGAUCAUUGUUUCUGCCUGGAUUGCCUUAUAGAAUGGAGCAAAAACGUCAAUACUUGCCCCGUUGAUCGGCAAACGUUUACCGUUCUCAACGUUAGAGCUAAAGUCAACGGGAAGAUCAUAAGACAUGUGCCAAUUGAAGCUAAAAAACCGACUGAAGAACCGGUGCAGGAUCCUACCUUCUGCGAGGUGUGCAUGCGUUCCGACCGUGAGGACAGGAUGCUUUUGUGCGACGGCUGUGACGCAGGCUAUCACCUCGAAUGCUUAGAUCCUCCCAUGGAAGAAGUUCCUCUCGAAGAGCACUGGUACUGCCCCGAGUGCUCUCGAAACACUCUGAAUGAUGCCGAAGAUAUCGACAUCGAUCUGGAAGAACUACCAGACCUGAUGGCGGAGGCUCGAGAACUUGGCAUACUCUACGGGCGAUCGCGCGCGUCUAUUAUCGCGAGUCAAGCCAGUCGAACGUUGCUGCCACGCACCCGUCAAACCGAACGGGUGCGCGCGAACGUCCGCGAAGGCCGCAGUCGUCGCGCCGCGGCGGCCGUCGCUGAGAGUCAGCUUCGCCGCGACGAGCCCCAGCCGUCGACGUCCUCGGGCUUUGACUCAAUAAGCGACAACAGCGCACCCGGACCCUCGUCUUCGCGCCGCGUGACGAGCAGCCGGUCUCGUGCCACAGGCUCCGCGUCAUCCGCGUCGCGCGUCCGGAAGAUCAAAACCAGCUCCGGCAAGCGUAAGAAGAAGACCAAGCGACGCAAGACCACGUCGAGACGACGCCAGACUACUGAAUUCCGAGAAGUCAGGAUAUCCGAAGUGAAUGAGAACGGUGAACUCGAGGAAAUAGUGACUUACGUGAGGGCGAACAACGAGGGACCCCUGCCCUCGGGCCGCAGGAGGAAGAAGCGCAAGAAGCCAAGGAAACAACGUCGCGUGCGCACUGUCGCCAGCGUAGCUGCAUCGCUGUGCACGGUUAAGCGCCGUCUGGCAGCGCAGCUGAAGAUGAUGAGACCUUCGGCAACGGUGGGCAAUGGAGCCGUGCAGCUAGUACCAGCCGUCAAGAGCGAGUCGGGGCCGUUGCUUCCGAACUCGGCCAUCAGGGUUGCUCGGCAUAAUGCAGGCAUAUCCCAAGUCAGCCUGUUCGGCAGCGGCCUUGGCCUCGACUACAGUCCACCUGGGUCCGACGACGAGUACGAAGACAGCGGCCCAGCCUCGAGUGGUCCGGGUUUGCUAAGCCGACCACGAAUCUCAACAAUGUCCUCUGCUAGGCGACGCAUGGCCCUGAAAGGUGGCCUACGCGAACCAGCACGAGCCCAGAACACCAGCACUCAGCCCAUCGACAUACUCAGCAGCAUCCUCGACAGCCAAGAGAUCUGGCACUCGAAGAAGAGCAAACUCACCCUCAAAGCCGACGGCAGUCUCCAAGUCGAGAAGCCCAAGAAGCCAGAACCAGAAUUGAAUAACAACAACAAUAAUAAUAGUCCGAUUAAGAUUAAGCCUGAUAAUGAGCCAAAAAGCAGCGAUAAGCCUCUGGAUUUGAAAAAUGUCGAUCCUGAUAGCAUGACGCAACGGGCGCCGAUGUACAACAAUCCUCGUGGAGGUAACCGCGGUGGUGGAAACUACCGAGGAGGCGGUGGUGGUGGUGGUGGUGGUGGCGGCGGCAACUACCGCGAGAACACCCGCCACAGCCACGGAGGUUACAGUAACUCCGGUGGAGGAGGUGGUGAUUCUUACGGAGGCGGUGGAGGUAGACACAGUUUCGGAGGGUCCAGCAAUGUGCCUCAGGACUACUCCAGCACCGGAGCAAAUUACCACCGCCAACAGCAGCAACCACCAGCUAUGCAGUCGCCCUUUCGUAACCGAAAUUCCCAGAACUUUCGACAGCGCUUUCCACCGGCACCAAACCAGAUGAACAACCAAGAUAAUAACAGGCAGUUUGGGUUCGCUCAUCCUCAGGAUCAGUUCGCGAGGCCCAGGAUAUCCGGUCAGCAGGGGGGCUUACCCCCUCCGCCACCGCCCCUGUCUCUGAGGAUGCCCCCACCGCUUAUGCCACCUUCUAGAGGAAACAACUUUGAUCCGCAUAGACAGAACGACGGUAGAUUCUCCUCCGGUGGAAGAGGUAGGGACGACGACGAUGAUGGCAUGUACGAUGAUCUAGAGAUGCCCAGGAAGAUGGGCAACGCACAAGAGAACGAUUCCUUAUUACCACCGCCCGAGCCUCCGACGGAUCUGUUAGAUUUCGACGAGAGCGAGCGCGGUCAGGACAGUGACAGAGAAGAGGAGCUCGUCAUAGACGAUAACCCCAGAGGUGACGACACGCACAAGAACAAGUCCUCGAGAGAUGCUCCAGCCGCAGACAAGUACGACCCCUUCGCCGCCGACAGCGACAGCGAGGGCGAAGACAUGCCACAGCAUCACAAGGCAAAGCCGUCGGCACAAGCCCCGCCUCUGAAACCACCUCCGGGUCUGUCAGACUUUCCUGGACUCAAAAAUGACGAGAACGAGUCUAUCAUGGGAGAUGGCAUGUCCAUCAUGGGCGACAACGCCUCGAUCAUGGGUGACAACGCCUCGAUCAUGGGCGAUAACGCCUCGGUUGCGGACGACGAAGAUUAUCCACCUGCCGCGAGCUCGAUAUCGAGACCGAGCAGAGGGCCCGCGAGACCUCUAGAACCACCGCCGUCUAUCUUCGGAUUCCCCGGGUUGAAUAUGGAGACGGACAUGAUGUCCGAAGACGGUCGAAAAGACGACGAGGAGGAGAAAAAGAAAGAGACGAAAAAGAAGAACGUGUCGGUGCCUAGAAUCAGGCUCACCGCUUACGACGACGACGACGACGAUGACUCUGAUUCGGAUUGUCCAAACUUCUCGAUCUACUCGUCGGACACUAUGGCCGUAGCGCGCAACACCGAGAAAGAGAUGGCUUCGCAGAUUGGUCCCCUCGAGCCACCCCCGAUGCCUCUGGGGAUGCUCGACGAGGAGGAACAACCGCGCAAGAACAAGGUUAGGCCUCUGGAACCGCCACCUAUGCCUCCCUUCGAGGACGACGACUUGAGAAGCAAAGCAGGUAGUCCCGAGUCGAUCGCUCCUCUCGAGCCGCCACCUAUGCCUCCCUUCGAGGAAGACGAUCUGCGUAGUAAAGCUGGCAGUCCCGAAUCCAUAGCUCCGUUAGAGCCUCCGCCAAUUCCUCCGAUGGACGAUUUCGACGUGCCCAGUGGCACCAGGCCCCUGGAGCCUCCACCAAUGCCACCGAUGGAAAGCUUCGCCAGCUGUCCUCCCACACCCGUGACGGUAUCGGGAGCUCCCCCGUUGGAACCUCCGCCAAUGCCUCCGCUGGACUCCCUCAGACCAGACACACCCAUGUCGACUAUGGGAGCUCCGCCACCGCUGGAACCUCCGCCGAUGCCUCCACUCGAUUCUCUCAGACCCGACACCCCGAUGUCGACCCUCGAGCCUCCGCCUCUGGAGCCGCCACCUAUGCCUCCGUUGGACGCUCUGCGACCCGAAACACCGUUGACGCAGGUUCCUCCGUCGACUUCCAUGCUACCUCCACCAAGCCUGACCCUGCCUCCACCUUCUAUGGUAGUCCCACCGCCAGUCAUAGCAGUCGCACCGCCAACCAUGGCAGUCCCGGCACCGACUAUGAUGGCCGCGCCACCUUUGCAACCUCCACCGAUGCCUCUGAUGGACGACUUGAACCUCGAGGAAGAUGCUGCACUGGGUCCACUUGAGCCCCCUCCGAUACCACCGAGUAUCUUAGGCGAGGAGGACAGAGCGUCGUUGAGCAGCUCGUCCAGUGAGGGGGAACAGUCUGGCGAGGAGACGGGUACCGAGGAGGACGAGCCCGUAAUCGGCCCGAAGAACAAGUCCGGUAAGAAAAAGUCUGCCGCCAAGAAGCAGGCCGAAGAAGCCCCAGCAUCUGCUAAAGAGACUACUGCUGAUGCUGUCGCUGCCAAAGCCAAACCAGCUGAAGGUACAGGCGAACCGGACGAGGACAUGAUCGUGGGAGAUCUUACCGAGUCCGAGAAGAUCGAGUAUGCAGACGCCGUGCAAAAAGAGCGUCAGGCCAUGAACAAGGCCCCGGGAAAGAUCCAGCUUGACAGCAGAGGCAAGAUCACCUUCAAGAUCGGCAACUUGAGCAGACUGAACAAGGUGAAUCUGUACGACGAGAUGGACGAGGCCGAGAUCUCGCGCAUGUCCCUGGACGAGAUACAGAAGGAGGCUGAACGAGAUAAGGAGAAGGAAAAGGAGAAAGAAAAGCACAAGGAGAAGGAUAAGGACAAAAGUAAGGAUAAGGACAGGGAGAAGGAGAAGGAGAAGGAUAAGGAAAGGGAUAAAGACAGGGAUAAGGACAGGGACAAGUACAAGGAUAGGGAAAAGAGGAAAGACUACGAUAAAGACAAGAGAAAGGAUUAUGAUAAGUACGAGAAGGAGAAAUCGUCGAGGUACGACAAGCGCAGCUCCAAGUCGAGUAAAUACGACGACGACGACAAGUACAAGUCGAAGGACAGGCACAGAAGCAGCAAGGACUCGUCGAAGAAAGACUUGGAUCGCAAGAAGCCAAUCAUAACGUCCGGCUGGGAUAUCAAACCUGCGAACGUUACCUCGUCAUCGUCCUCCGAUUCAUCUUCCGGCUCGUCCGUCGAGAGCGUACCCAACAGUCGCACGAACAGUCCCAUAGUGCUGUCGAGUCCAGAACCGGAUGAAAUGAGGAGACUCGAUAAAUCCGUCAAGCCGAUCAACAUCGAUCUUGACGAGUUGCAGCAGACGCUCGACAAGAAGCUCGUGGAGCUCGAGGACUUGAACAAACAGCAUCCAGACGAUCCGGCCGACGAUGAAAUGUCCGCCGCAGGUGAGAGCGAGCACGAGCAGGAAAAGGAAGAUGACGAAGCGGUACUGUCUGACGACGAGUUUGCCAAGCGCAUCAUCGAAGCCACCACGGAGGCAGCCGCGGAGAAGGAACCCGUCGUCGUUAGUCCUGAACCGGCUACGUCUCCCACACCGGCUCCUGCUCCUGAACCUGAACCUGAACCUGAUCCUGCUCUUGACUCGUUCUCGUCGAUGAUGAUGAUUGACGGGGAAAAUAUCGAAAGCCUGUUCGAGGAGAUCGAGAAGACCUGCGAGAAGGACAUCGACGAGGAGUUGGCUGCAUCGGAAAAGGCGCUACAGCCGCCGGUCACCGAAGAGGUGGCAGCCGAUGACGAAAUCGAGGACGUCGAGAUGGAGGACGUCCAGCACGAACCUUUAGAGAAAGACAAGAAGGACGAUGAGAAGGAAGAGGAGGAUGAUGAGCCUCAGCCCAAAGACGCCACAGCCGUGGAAGCGGAAUUAGAAGCGUCCGAGGAAAAAGAGCCUUCCGUUGACGAUGUGCUCGAGAAACUAGAAGAACCCGAGAAUGAACCCGAGCUCGCCGAGAAGGAAGCAGCCGAAGAAGAGAUAGCAGCGGAGGAGGAAGACGAAAAAGAAGAGCAGGAAGCCGGAGCCGUCGUGGAGCCAAGCGACAAGUCCGAGAUCAUCGAUCUCGACGCCGCCGAUUUUGUAGACAAACCCGCCGAGGAGUUUUCGGGCGACCUGGAGGCAGACGGCUUCACGAUCGUCUCGGUAGAUCCCGCACCGUCGGUGUCGCAUACCCCCAAACGUAAACCCAAGAGUCGCCGCACCAGCGAAGAGCGAGCCAACGAAUGGGAAGGCGAGGGCGCGUUUACGCCCUGUAAGGACGAGCGUCCAGUCAGAAGAAGUAAGAGUCGGGACCGUCGAGGCGUGUCGUUGCUCCAUGGCGACCUCGAGCCUAUUACCCCGGCGAGAGACAGAACCAGCGAUGGUCUCGAUGGCUGUCGUACGCCGGCUGGCUAUGCUGGCUUAGGCACCGAGGCCAUCUCCGAGACUGACGAGGCAAUGAACUUCGAGGACGAGCUGGCGCUGCUGAACAUGCGCAGCCGCGACCGAGACUUCGAGGAGGGCGAGAUCCCCGACUCCGAAACUCGACCAAGAAAGCUUCAGCUCCAGGCUGCACAACUAGCCAAAGCCAAACAGCUACUGCUGCUCGAGGAGGAGGCCAAGCGCAAGCGUAAGAAGGACAAGAAGGACAAGGGCAAGGACAACGAGAAGAACAAGGAGAACAUCGCGGUGGAGAACGACCUGGCCGCUGCGUGGAAAAAGUCGAUCAAGGUUUCAGCGGCGAUGAAAGAACGGCAGUACAGAGAAAAGCGCUCCAAGAGCAAGGAUCCCAAGGCUAAGAAAAAGAAGGAAGCACAGAAGAAGAAAGAGAAGAGGAAGGAACUGCCGAGGUACGACGUUCGCCGGUUAGUGGCUGAAAAGCCGAGGCCGAGGAAGGACGAGUACGGCCGGGAUAUCCGGGACAGUUCUCGCAGCAGGUCGCUCAGUCUCUCCAGAGAGAGAUCGCUGUCGAUAACCAGGCGCAGCAGAAGCUACAGUCCCGCGGCGAGGACCGUACGCAGGGUGUCGCGCAGUAGGUCCAGGUCCAGGUCCUGGUCGAGAGGUCGGCGCUCUCGCAGCUAUCAGCGCUCGCUGUCACCGGUUACGCGCAGACGCUCGCUCUCGCCGCGCAGGUCUAGAAUAGACAAAGUGAGAAAACGCUCGCUGUCCCGAGGCAGAGGCAGGAGUCACUCCCGCAGCAGAAGCAGGUCGAGGAGGCGCUCCCUCAGCCCGGUAAGACAACACAAAUCUCGCAGACGUUCCCUGUCGAGACGCAGACGCGCAUCCAAAUCACGCUCGAGGUCUAGGUCUACGUCCAGAUCCCGCUCGCGAAGGAAAGAGAAGAAGAAGCAGCAGGCCCGAGCCUCGAGGUCCAGGUCGCGCGCGAUGCGCAAACGCUCGCGCUCCAAGAGCCAGAAGAAGCGCGAGAAGAAGCACUCGAAACGCAAGGUAGCGAGCUCCAGGUCGCGAUCGCGGUCGCUCUCGCUCGAAAGACGGGACUGGGAGCACCGUCAACUGGCCGCGGCGGAGAAACUCGUCGAGAGGAACUUUGUUCGCGGCGAUCCUUCCUGGCAGAGCGGCCAGUGGACGCCUUCGUGGUCGCGCUCCAGGUCCAAGACUCCACCGCUCGUGCGCCAGGAGAACAUCGCGCGCAACUGGUCGCCGCCGUCGUCGAGCAUGGCUCUGUUGAACUCGGUGAACGUGCCGCCGAAGAAUCUCAAGGUCAUCCUGACGAACAAGGAGGCGAUCAAGAAGAAGAAGAAGGAGAAGCGCGAGAAGGCGCGCAAGCUCAAGGAGGCCGAGAAGAAGCGCAAGGGCAAGAAGAUCAGGAGCCCGCCGCCUUCGAAGGAGGUCUUCGCCAGCGGGGACAAUAUCUUGGUCAGCGUUUGCUUCAACAAGGACAACGAGAGCCAGGCACAGGCUAGUCUGCCGGAGCUGCCUGAGACGAUACCGCUGCUACCGCCGGUGAAACGCCGACGCAGGGAGCCGUUGCAAUUGGAACCGCCGUCGCUGGCCGGACCGCCGACGAAGAAGUCGAAGAAGGACAAGAACAAGGAAAAGAACGCGGUCAUCCGGGCCAGAUCCAAGUCGCCGCUGAAGCUUCUAGGCAAGAAGAAGGAGAAGAAGAAGUCCAAGGCCGCGGAGAUAGCCGCCACCAAGAAGCCCAUGGCUGUUAUCGACUUGGACCAGUCGCCGUUCCGAGAGCAGACUCCGUCACCGCGCGACGUCAUCGUCCUCGACAGCGACGAGGAGGAUAAACAGGCUCAGCAGAAUGAGGAGGAAGAGAUGGGCACUCCGGAGCAGGCCCAGGAGUCGCAUACCCCGGCAAGGCCGGACACGCAAUUCCUGCAAGGUCCGAAGACGCCACCCGAGCCUCAGGUCAAGUUCUCCAUCACCAACAAGCAGAACAACCUGCGUCCUUCUCUGAUAAACCCACUGCUCGAAGAGGAGGAGGAGAUGGACGAGAUGGACGAGAACGAGUUGGCGGAGAUGCAAGAACUGAUGGACGAGCAGGUCGAAGAGGAACUCGAGCUGCGCGCCCAGGAAGAGCUGGAGUCGCGGAUGAAGGUGGGUCCGAACACACCACCGGAGCCACCGAGCUCGCCACCCACGUCGCCCGACGCCUACGAUCCGUUCGAUCCGACCAAGUCCAGAUCACCGACACCAGAGCCCAACAGUCAGGAGGACAACCAGGCGGACGAGACGGCUCAGGACGUGGGCGGCGACUCGCCGAUGGAAGCACAGGACGACGAGGCCGACGAGGAUGGCGGCAGCCAGCCGGAGCAGCCGCAACAGUUACAGGAGCAGAUCAACAAGCCUCAAGGUUCCGACAAACCCAAGAUCAUCUCGGUGGUGACGAUCAAGAGGCCCUCGCCUAUAUCCAACACUCCGCCACUCGAACAGAACGAAGCCAAGAACGACAGCCCAGCCACGACUAGUGUUCAGAACAACAUGAUCAACAGCCAGCAGCAGACCAAUAGCCUGCCGCCAAUCAUCAAUCCCGUCCUGGCAACCGUCGCUGCGGCUGUGCAGAGGAGCAGCAUCUUCAAUGCCACCGUCGGACCAAGGAACCUUCUGCAAACCAACACGCUCAUACAGAACGCCCAACUAAAAAUUCAACAGCAGCAGAGCCAGUCUAGCCAGGCAAGACCGACCCUACCGAACAUCUUCGCAAACUCGCUAUCGAAGCCGAUGCCCAUGAGGACGAUCACGAUGCAGACGAAACUGCAGACGAAGAACGUGUCGAUGAUUGGGCAGAACGGCAGCGACGCCAACAUCGAUCUGGGCGAGGGCAACGUCGACAACUCGUCGCCCUAUUCGCCCGGAUCGAGUCUCAGCGAUGGUCUCUUCGAUCCUCCAAGUCCGGCUUUCAACAGCUCUCCUACUAUGGCAUUGUCGACGAAGAUCAGGAAGAACCAGGAGAAGAGAGACGCGUUCGACGCGCUGUUCGAUGCUUCGCCCAUCGUGCACAAGAGCUCGGCUAAAGGCCGCAUGAAGAAGCCCGAGAAAGACAAAAAGAAAAAGGGCACUCAUUCCAAAAUUGGCGUCCGCAUGGAUGAAAAUCAACUGCAGAUACUGGACGAUCUUCCUAGUUCCGCUGUAGAGAUGCAAGUCAAGGAUAAGUUCUUGAAGAAACUGAAUCGACAGGAGAGAGUCGUAGAGGAGGUCAAACUAGUAUUAAAGCCGCAUUAUACUAAGAAACACGUAACAAAAGAAGAGUACAAGGAUAUUAUGCGAAAGGCUGUUCCAAAGAUAUGUCACAACAAAACAGGUGAAAUCAACCCGAAGAAGAUAGCUGCCCUCAUCGAGGCCUACGUCAAGAAGGUCCGAGGAAAGAAGAAGGCCUAUGGAGGAGCAGCGCCAGCUGCGAAUUCAACGAUCAAGAAGCCAGCGAAAACUCUGUGGAGUUGAUUAUACGAGGAGUAAGUUCACACAUCGCAUCAUCGAGUAUUCUCGGUAGAGCAAUUGUAGAUGUUGAAACAUGCCCAAAUUAAAUAAUGCACAUAGCCCAUGUGCAUGGUAAGUGAUCCUCGUUUUUUAAAUGUUCUUGCAAGAGAUAAAGAAUGCGAGCAUAAAGUGGCAAGAAAUGAAACAAAAGUGUACGGCCGAGUGGAUUAUAAAUGAAACAUCGGCCGAACAAUGUGUAUUGUAUGUACAUACUUAAACUGAAUAUAAGCGCAAUAUUUUUAUUUAUCCAAGUGCUAGCUUACUUGUGACCAUUGAGCGAAUUAAUGCAUACAUUAACAGUUAACUUGUUAAUUUUAUUAUUUCGUCUAGAGGAUAAUGACUAAGGUUAGGAGAGAUAUUAUGUAUUAAAAUAAUACGGUUUAAGAAAGAUAACUCAAAAAUUAAAAAAAAUACAUAAAUAAUGAAUUAAGAACAUUUAUUGGAUUGCAAUUGAUAUGUUUUUGCGAGUGUCCCGUAAAUGAGUACAUUGUUGAUAAGAAACACGAUCUUUUUUUGUAGUGAAUUUAACUUAAAUGUGAGUUAGAAAAAAGGGGAGAAAAGUCGGAGAAAAAAAUAUUAUCAGAAAGACAUUGUAAAGCAAAUGUCGGCAUUCGAGCGUAUAUACACAGACAAAAGCAUAUAAUGAUAAAUAAUGAUAACCCUUCAACCGAGGUUUUUUUCAAUAAUGAAAAACUAUUGUAUAGUUAGGUGAAACGGGAUCUACAUCGAUGAGUCGGAUGAAGUGAUCACGAUUUUUUUUCUGUUUUUAUACCGCAAAAGCGACAAAACUAACGAUAAACGGCGUUUAUCUGUGUAAAAGAAAUACCUUAAAUAAAUUAAUUCACAAAUA